AUGCUCUGUGAAGUGUGCUCUGAGGUCUUCCAGGGCAUCUGGGACCCUGCCAAAACACAGCGAGUAUGUCGCCUGGAAGAUUUCUGCCAGGGGAAUAUUGUCCCUCCCAAUCGAACCAAACCGGAAGAUCCCAACCACCCCGAGAACUAUGUUUUUGGGCACCACCUCACGCAGGAAUCCUUCAAAAAAUCUGCUCUUGAUGGCUGUGUAGUUUGCUCUCGGUUUCAAAGGACACAGCAAGAGGGACAGGAUCCUAAGUUUGCUGAAUUUGGAAUAAAAUACUACUCCAUCAUCAAACUCGACUACUUUAGCGGGAUCAGUAUGGUUUUCACGACAGUUGAUAGGUAUAUGCUACAAGAGAAUUUACGGCCUGCUCGAAAUCCAACCAUUGAUUUUAGUCCAAAUACUGGCGGUAACACCACCUGGACUUUAAUUCGUGACUGGCUAGCCACUUGUCUCCAGUCUCAUAAGGACUGUAAUACAAAGACAGACCGGGAUUUUACGCCUCCCUAUCUUCUUCGCCUUAGCGAGACUUCUGAGUCUUUCCAUCUAGUUGAAGCAAAAGCAGUUGACACUGGUACUCGCUAUGUUACCCUUACGCACUGCUAUCCAUACAACAAUGAUAGUCUGAGGAUCUCUUCAUUAGUCAGAGAAAGCCUCUCAUUUCAACAGCCACUUUCCACCCUGCCUCAAACAUACCGCGAUGCCUUUACUAUAGUUCUUCAACUUGGGCUUAAGCAUCUUUGGAUCGACCACCUCUGCGUUUUACAAGAUAACCAAAAUGAUCUAUCUAUGUAUGAGAAUAAGAUUAUCAGGCGAAAGAUCUUAUCCAACAGCUUUUGUGGGAUCAGUGCGGCGUGGUCCAUGUCCCCUUCCUCUGGGCUAUUUGUCAAUCGUGACCCGGACUUGCUGAGGCCAUUUGCGUUCCCCUUCCCUAUCGAUUCAAACAACACUCUAGUGCCUUUUAAGUGUGCUUAUGCUGAAAGGGAUGAGGGAAAUAUCAAGCGAUUCGACAUGGAACCACUGCACCAAAGUGCCCGAGCCACACACGACCGUCUCUUAGUACCACGAAUGUUACACUUUACGAGCCAAAUGGUCUACUGGGAGUGCCAUGGAAUGCAAUGCGAUGAGUUUGGCCCUAUUUCCAAGGACGAGAACUACUCCUGUGAUGUUGGGACAGAAGGAGAGAUGACAUGCGAUGGUAAAUCCGUCAGUAAGCUGUGGAAGCUGCUGAUCGAAGUUCUAUACAACCAGAAGCAUGACGACCCCAUCGACCAGAUAUAUUACCGCUGGCUGUGCUUUGUGGAACACUACUCGCGCUUACAGGUACUGAGAGAGGAGAAGCUACCUUUACUUGAGAAUCUGGUCAACGAAAUAAAAGACCUAUUACUCAAAGAGGGCUGUGCGGAUACUGAAAUUCUUUUUGGGAUGUGGAGAUCACUGAUCCCCAUGACUCUUCCAUGGUUAGCACUUGGAUACUCCAAAAGACGGUCAACAGCAGUUCAUAUUCCGACCUGGAGCUGGGCUUCAAUGGGGUCGGUGACUAUUCGCCAUGCAAUGGAAACAACCUCAUGGAGGAAAAUCGUUGUUUGUGAGCUUGUUGAUAUCGCUCGGGCUUGGGACAAGGCUGGGAUGCUUACAACAGCUAGCCUGUUGCUCAAAGGGAAGCUUUUCAUGGGAAGACUGGCCACUUCUCCUCUCAGGAGCGGACCUUGUACUGCAGCCAGGAUCCUAAGUUUGACCAACUACGACUUUCCGCUUCAAGCGCCAAUGGAAAUAGUACGUCCCAAUAUGACGUGGAGCGGAACCUUUGAUACUGAGGAAGAUAUGAGAGAAGAGGUACUUUGCCUACCGGUAACUGUCAACAUAUUUUCCGGGCCGGCAAACGUCAACCUCCCACUCAAAUAUUAUAUAGAGGGUAUAAUGCUGUCGUGUCUUGAAGAUGGACGUUUUAUUCGCCGUGGUCGAUGGACUAUUGACCGUAGUUCCAAAGAGGAGUGUCUAGAUGCUGUAAAGCACCUGCAGGAUCAUGUCGUGGAAGUUAUAUAG